AUGCAAUAUCUGCAACUAAGCUCAUUCUGUAUCAAUUGUUCCUUUAGUUCCAGAGGUGACCCCAACUCCAACUCAACCUCAGAAGUUCCAGAGGUGACCCCAACUCCAACUCAACCUCAGAAGUUGAGAAUAAAGAAAAAAUCGCGUUCGCGACAGAAGGAGGAUGUGGACAGAGGAAAGGAUUCAUCCCUUCCUAAAAACUGUGCCGAGCUCAAAAAAUCUGGUGAAACAAUAAGCGGUGUUUAUACAAUCGACCCUGGUGGUUCAGUAGGCAACAGGACACAAUUAGAUAUCAAUUUGUUUGACCAGCUUAUCGAGAAUGAAAGACGUGGACGAGUCGAGAGAGGACAGACCAGAACAGCGAGAUCAAACUUGGAAAUUUUUCUUGCUGGAACCACCGUAUACCCCAAUUGCGAUUUCUUCUCGAGGAUCCAUAAGAAAACUGGUUUCGUUCAUGCAUCAAGCAAACUAGAAGAAAUGAAUUCCUGGUGGCUUAUUUUAUUAUUUUCUGCGCUUAAAGCCGAGGCGGUGUUGCAUCGACCCGAAGAAAAUAUUGGUGUGAAAGACAAACGUUUGUUUGAGGGUGACAUGAUCCUCACAGACGCUCAAAGGAUGGCUGCCGCUCUCGGAGAGGAUGUCAGCAAAGCAGGGCUGGGGCGUGCGUCUAUCAGAAAGAAUCUAUGGCCUGGGGGAGUUCUUGUGUAUGAGUUGGAUCCUGCAAUAGAGGGAAGUUCUAAAGCUAUGGCAGCAAUAAAUGCUGCCAUGAGGUUAUGGCGUACCAAGACUUGUGUGCAGUUUAACAAAAAGACGACAGAACAUGCAUAUGCCUAUUUUCACAUCGGUCGAGGAUGUACCUCAUACGUGGGACGAACAGGGAGAAGACAGAUGAUAUCACUCGCCAGAGGAUGCUGGUACACACAUACUGUGGCUCACGAGAUCGGUCAUGCACUAGGAUUCUAUCACGAACAGUCCCGCCCUGAUCGCGACGAUUUCGUCACAAUUUAUUGGCAAAACAUACAAAGGCUUGCUUAUGCCUUUAAUAAGUAUCCCCGCUCCACGAUUGAUUCCUUGGGGACCCCAUACGAUUAUAGGAGUGUGAUGCAUUAUGAAAGCUACGCGUUCAGUAAAAACAGGAGACCAACCAUUGUGGCCAAAAAACAAGGAGUUACUUUAAGUAACAGGAAUGGUCCAACAGAAAUAGAUAUAAAACAGAUGAACCUUCUGUACAAAUGCAGUGGUGGAGGCGGUGGCGGUGGACCCUGUAAGGAUCAAAACUAUCAUUGUGGAAACUGGGCAACAAGGGGUGAAUGCUACAGAAAGCCAAGAUAUAUGCAGGUGUAUUGCAAGAGGAGCUGUCGUGUGUGUGGUGCGCAAG